AUGCAAACAUACCUCGGCGGCAAGGUACUCGAGGACAGCAGCCAUGUAAACCGGCGCGCCGGUGCCCACCCGUUGCGAGUACCGCCCCUUCUUCAGGUACCGGCCGAUCCUGCCGACCGGAAACUGGAGACCGGCUUUCACGGAGCGGGAAACCGGUUUCUUUUUCGGGCCGCCGCCCUUCCUCCCGCCGGCUCCCUUCUUCACUUUUCCUCCUCCGGUUUCCAUUUUCUUCUGCUAUGCAAAGCUUUGACUGCAACUGAGCAAAGAGAUUUGGGGGUGGAUCAAAAGUUGAGAUUUUUGAACGGAAUUAAUGCUGUUGGAGGUUUAAAUACUCGCAGAGUUAAAAGGAUGGGGUGGAAAAUGGGGAAGAGGAUGAAAUUCAGAGCGUUGGAUUUGAAGUUAUCGACGGUGAGAAAGGGGCUGGCACCUAUCCGCGUCGUUUUCUCGUAA